CUUCGUAUAUUUUCAUACCGGGUCACCUCGGUAUUAUGCACAAGGCCGUGCAAGCCUUGAAUGACCUUUUCUUGUAUUCAUGACCUGGGGCUUUAUAAAAGAAUCUGGCCACACACCUUAAGGCCAUCGCCCAGGAGACUUCAGGAAGAAUGCACAGGAUGAACGUUGCAAAGGAAGCUCUAUGGGCCGUGUUGUUCUGGCCCGGCAUUGUUAGCGCCAGCAUCCUGCUCGAGUGUUCGGAACAGGAAAACGCCAUCCACCCUUACUGUUCAUCCAUCUCACAGGAAAAGCUUCUCGACAGGGUUAUCCAGCAUGCCGAGCUCAUCUACCACGUCUCUGAGGAGUCAUGUUCUUUGUUUGAGGACAUGUUUGUCCCGUACCCGCUGCGGCUUCAGAGGAACCAGGUGGGCUAUGACUGCCUCACCAAGGAUGUCCCCAUCCCGAGCUCCAUAGGUGAAAUCCAGCUGUUGCCUGACAAAUGGUUGCUCCACUCUGUCCUGAUGCUGGUCCAGUCAUGGAUUGAGCCUUUAGUCUACCUGCAGACGACACUGGACCACUACGACGGCGCUCCGGAAAUGCUCCUCAACAAGACCAAGUGGGUGGCUGACAAACUGAUCAGUCUGGAGAAUGGAGUGGUGGUUCUAAUCAGGAAGAUGCUGAACAAAGCUGUGUUGACCACCGGCCACAGUACACAAAGCUUGCUCCAGUACGACGUGCAACCAGACAUGGUGGAAUCGGUUAUGAGAGACUAUGUCUUACUCAGCUGCUUCAAGAAAGAUUCUCACAAGGUGGAGACAUUCCUGAAGAUUCUCAAGUGUAGACAAGAUGACAAGUACAACUGUGCGUGAAAAAUAACGUGCUGGUUUUAAAUGUUUAUUUUAUUCUAGACAUGAGUUAUUAGUAGAUGUAGCGCCCCUCCCCUCCGCGCAAUACAUUCUAAAUGUUGAAUAAAAACUACAUUGCUGUAAUACCCUUUCUCCAACGGGCUGCAAUAAAUCUUCCUAUGUUGUUGUCGUGACCUAGCAAAGGCAAAAUCUGCAUACUCUUCCAUUUAUUUCUGUUCCUUUGUUCUUUGCUCAAGUUUUGGAUUAUUUCCUUGGGUCCCUUGGGUUUUCAGUGAAAAGGAGAACGGGUCUCUCUUCAGCAUUAGUGAAAUUAAACACUUUCACCAAAGAUGGAGUCAAACAGAGCUGUCAGUGCUUAAGAAAAGAAAAAAAGUGGCACAUUUUGAUUGGUGGGAGACAGGGUGAGAAACAUAAGAGUGAACACACAGCAAGAGUAGGAACUAAGGUUUGACACGUCUAGAUUGGCUGACUCAUUAAUAUGUAUACUUCCAUCCAUUCAUUUUCUAUACCGCUUAUCCUCACUGGGGUUGUGGGCAUGCUGGAGCCUAUCCCAGCUGCCUUCAGGCGAGAAGCCAAUCACAGGGCACAUAUAGACAAACAACCAUUCACACUCACAUUCAUACUUAUGGACAAUUUGGAGUCGCCAAUUAACCUAGCAUGUUUUUGGAAUGUGGGAGGAAACUGGAGUACCC